AUGAGUUAUGAGGAAGAUCAAGAAAAAUUGCUUAACAAUGAAGAUAAAAACGAUAAAAUAGGAUUUAAGACAUACAAUUUUGGGAAUAGAGAUAAGAGAGAAACUUAUGAUGAUUAAUCUGGUCCAUCAAAAUUUGAUGCAAUUGUCAUACUGAUUUUAGUAAUUAUGAUUGGAUUAUCAGGAUUUGGAUUGCUAAAGCAUUAUAAUGGUAAGGUUGUUUAAUUAAUAGAUUAGUUUUAAUUCCAUCGAAACUUAAUGAUAAGGAUGUACGUGGUGCAUUAUAAAAUAUUAAUUAAAAAGACACAACUUUAUAGGAUGUAUAUAAUAAAUUCAGUGAUGGAGUCUAGACUAUUGGAGAUAGUAAAGCACCAAAAGAGGAUGAAAUAGCAAUAGAUAGUGUUUUGGAUAGUUAUAUCUCAAAAAUUGAAUAAUACAAUGAUGUGCGUACUGAUUGGGUAGAUGAUGAUGAUGAAAUCAAUAAAAAAAUAGAAGAAAAAUUAGAAGAAUAAUAAAAUGUUGUUUAGGAUUUGGAAGAACUUAUAAUUUAAUAAGAAUCUGAUAUCUAAAUUCUAAAGCCUGUGUUUUCUAAAAAUAUUUAUACAUAUAAAGAAUUAUAAAAUGGAAUAAAAAUUUUGUUAAUUUAAUCAACAACAGAGGGUAUUCAUUUGACAAUUACUUUAAAUAUUGGAAAAAAGAAUGAUCCAGAAGAUAAACCUGGAUUGACAGAACUAUUAUUUAGAUGUCUAUAAACCAAUUUUUUCAUAGAAAUUUUUAAUAAUUAUACUACUUUAACAGUUUAAUUAAGUUUAUUUGAAGAAUUGAAUGCUAAAUUUUAAGAAUUGUACAACAUAUUAACAAAACCAUAAUUUAUAGAUAUUGAAAAAAAUGCUAAAGAUUUAUUUGAUGAUUUAAUGCUUGAUUCAAAAUCUGGUGAUUUAGAAUAUGUAAGUGAUUUUUUGAAUCAAUAAUCAUAAUUAAAUGAACUAAAUAUUUUAAAUGUAGAUUCUGAAUAAUUAUACUAAUAAUAUAUAUCUCAUAUUUCAGCUGAUACUAUAAGUAUAGUUUUUAAAACCUAAGAAGAAUAGGAAAAGAUUUUAGAUAAAUUAUUUUAAUCAGAUUUAACUAGAUUAAAAAACUUACAUAGAUUUUAAUAACCAAUCUUUUAAAAUAAAUAUCCUUUAGGUAGACAUAUUCUAAAAUUUAAAAGUGAUACAGAAGUAUUGACAUUAUUAUCUAUGAGUGAUCAAUUUAGUUGUUAAAGAUUCUUAGCAUACUUAUUACCAAAACCAUUUUAUGGUGCAAUGUGGUAGAAUCAUCUACUUAUAACAUUAGAUAUAGAUUUAAGUAAUGUUUUAAAUUCCAUAAAUAAAUUAAUCUAAUUUUUAGAUUAUUUAAAACAAGCAGAUGAAACCUAACUUUAAUAUUUAUAUUCUUAAAUGUUAGCAACAGAAGAAUUAAUAUUUAAUACAAAAUAUGAAGAAAAUCUUAUCUCUACUGGAUAGAAUCUAUUUUCAGAUCCUAUUUAUGCUUUAAAAGGAUAGGAAAGUUUACCAAUAUUUGAUAAAGAUGAAUUCGAUUAAUAUUUAUCAAAUUUAGCUAAUAAUUUUAUUGUUUUGAUUGGAAGUGAGAAUUUUCAAUACAAUUCAACUUAUGAAUCAUAAAAGGAUGAUUCAAUAUUUAUAUUGGAUGCUAUUCUAAAUAAAAUACAUUAAGGAUUUACAUAUGAUUUAAAGCCUUUAGUAAAAUUAUUUGAACUUAACAAUUAAUAUUAAUUCUAAUUACCUGCUAUAAGUCCAUUCUUACCUGAAAAUCUUGCAAUUAUAUCAGUUUGUUAAGAGCCUGUAUAUAAAAUAUAAGGAUUUGGAUUUUAAUAAGUUGAUGAUUUAAGUUUAACAGUAAAAGAUGGUAAAUUUGAUGGAUCAAGAGAACCUAAAUUUGAAACAGUUGAAUAUGUUUGUGAAUUUCCAUUACCAGACUUUUAAGUUGAUUGUUUAGAAAAAGAGAAAAAUGCUUAAUUUUCAUUAACACCAUUUUAAAUUGCUAGUAAUGUGUGGUGGAAACCUAGUAGAUUGGGUGCAAUGGUAUUCACUGGAUUAUUUAUUGAAAAGCCUGAAUCUACAUUAGCUUAAGGUAAAACAAUGUUGAAAUUAUUAUAAAAAUAUUAUACAGAAUUGUCAAAAAGAUUAUUUUAAUAAGAAUUUUUAUUUGGAUAUGAAUUAUCUUUCAAAGAGACAAUAAAUGGUUUAAAUGUUUAGAUGCUUAGUUAUUCAGAAAAACAAUCAGAAUUUUAAGAUAAAGUAUUUGAUUUGAUGGGUAUAGAUGAUGAAUAAUUAUUUUAUUAUGUAAAAGAUUUACUGAAUAAAGAUAUCAAGAGAUUCCAUGAUUAGAAAUUGUCACUUUUGACAUAACAAUAUUAUUUACCAAAGAUUAUGUUAAGACCAAUUAAUACUCCAUAAGAAAUAAUAAAUGUAUUAGAUGAAGUGGAUUAUCAAAAAUUCUUAGAAUUUUAAGGUUCUCUCUUGUCAAGCAAAAUAGAAGUGUUAAAUAUUGGUAAUAUAUUACCAAAUGACAGUGCAUUUGAAGACUCUUAAGAAACUUAUUUGACUAGAACAUUAAAUUUAAAGGGAUAAAAUCUAAAAUAUAUAGUAUAAAGAGAAUCAAAUAAUGAUAUGACUUCAUCAGUACUCAAUUAUUAUUAAACAGGAUUGAAAAAUAUAGAAACAACUUCUAAAUUAUAUUUCUAUGCAGAUUUCUUAUAAUCUUAUUCAAACAAUUAUUUUAAAAUGGGUUAAUAAGUUUUAAUUAAGAGAAAACCAUUAGGAUGUGCAGAUGGAUUAUAAGUAUAUAUGUAAGGAGUUCUACCAUCAGAAGGGAAUGAAGAAAUUGAAAAGUUUUUAAAAUAAGCUAAUUUGGAUUUGAGUAAUUUACAAGAUGAGGACAUUUUGGAAUAGAAAUUAUAUACAAUAAAUAAAUUAUAUAAUGAGAUUAAAUUUAAAUCUUUAUAGGAAGAGGGUUAAUUUAUAUGGGAUAAGAUUGUUAAUAAGAAUUAUGCAUUUAAUGAGAUUUAAGAUGUAAUAAGAUAUUUAGAUGAUGCAUUUCCAUAGAAACUUAGAGAAUGUGCAAAUUUAGUAAUGUAAGGUUAAAUGAGUGUAUAAGUGUAUGCAGUAGAUUAAUCAAUUGAAAACACAGACGGGAUUUAGAGUCUAGAAUAGUUAAUUGAUCAAGAUGUUUAUGAAUGUUUUUUUACAUUGUGA